AUGCUCCUCUUACUCUUGCUCACUGUUUGGGGAAGAAGCAUCGGCGUGGAGAGCCUCCCGUUGCCCGACUCAAGUCCACAUUUUACAAAUGACUGGGGACAAGCAGUCCGGCUCCGACAUCUGUACGCGGCCAGACACGGCUUUCAUCUGCAAAUAAACACAGAUGGGAAAAUAGGUAGAACGCGCUUGCAAAGUUCUCACAGUUUGGUUGAAAUAUGGCCGGUGGAUACAGGCUGUGUUGUCAUAAAAGGGGUUGCAAGCUCCCGGUUUCUCUGCAUGGACAGGAACGGCAAAUUGUAUGGAUCGCACAUCUACAUGAAGGACGACUGCUCUUUUGUGGAACGAAUUCUGCCAGAUGGCUACAACAUCUACACCUCAGAAAAGCAUGGAGCCGUGGUGAAUUUGGGCGGUGCAAAAACCAAAUUGCACAAUAAAGAUGGAACUGCUCUUUCCCAGUUCCUGCCUAUGGCGAACACAUUUUCUCAGGAACCUACCAGUCACCACUCAGGGGAGCAGCACUCUCCCGUUGACCAGGAGCAGGACCAUCAGUUAGGACUUCAAAUAGACAGUAUGGAACAUUUUGGAAAUAUUUCUCAAAUUGUGAUCCAGAGUCCCAGUUUCAACAAAAGAUGA